AUGACGACUUUUCGCGGUUGCGCUUCUCCUCGCCCCGCCUCCUUCGUUCCCCUUCCCAUCGCAAUUCAAAAGAAACACUCCGCAGGUAUAGUGGACAAGCUUCAGCAACUCCAAUCAACACACAUUCUCAUACAUUUCAAGCAGAUAGAAAUGGCUGCCCUCGCCAACGCUGCUGUUGCUCCCUCCACCUACGUCGGCCAGAGCGCUGAGCUCGCCGCCAAGGUGAACAAUGUCGAGGCCCGCGUCUCCAUGAGGAAGACGGCCAAGGCCGCCCCCUCCAGCUCCUUCUACGGCCCCGACCGCCCUCUGUUCCUGGGCCCGUACUCCUCCCCCCCCUCGUACCUGACCGGCGAGUAUGCUGGUGACUACGGCUGGGACACCGCGGGUCUGUCCGCCGACCCCGAGACCUUCGCCAAGAACCGCGAGCUGGAGGUGAUCCACGCCCGCUGGGCUCUUCUCGGCGCCCUGGGCUGCCUGACCCCCGAGCUGCUGGCCAACAACGGCGUCGAGUUCGGCGAGGCCGUGUGGUUCAAGGCCGGUGCCCAGAUCUUCUCCGAGGGCGGCCUUGACUACCUCGGCAACCCCGGCCUGAUCCACGCCCAGUCCAUCCUGGCCAUCUGGGCCACCCAGGUCAUCCUGAUGGGCGCCGUUGAGAGCUACCGCGUGGGUGGCCUCGAGGGCUUCCAAGAGGUUGAGGACCCCCUGUACCCCGGCGGUGCCUUCGACCCCCUGGGUCUGGCUGACGACCCCGACGCUCUGGCCGAGCUGAAGGUGAAGGAGCUGAAGAACGGCCGCCUCGCCAUGGUGUCGAUGUUCGGAUUCUUCGUCCAGGCCAUCGUGACCGGCAAGGGUCCCCUUGAGAACCUGUCCGACCACCUGGCUGACCCCACCGUGAACAACGCCUGGGCCUAUGCCACCAACUUCACCCCCGGCCAGUAA